GAGCAAAUGAAAAGCAGAGGUAAAUUAGGAAUCGGAGGGGGAGGAAGUGGUUGGUGGACCUCCCGAUCAAAGCUAGGGUUACCUGCCAUCUUCAUCUUGUGCUCUUUCUUCUUCCUCGCUGGCUUCUUCGGGUCGGCUCUCUUCUAUCAGGACGUUGAUUCUGGCGUACGGCCGAUACCGAGGCGGCUGGACUCGGUAGAUGAGGGAGUGGAAUUUGAUCCUCUCCCUCAUGGCGAGACCGGAGAAGAUUCCAUCACUUCAGUUCCCUUUCAGAUUUUAAGCUGGUACCCGCGUGCAUUGUAUUUUCCAAAUUUUGCAACUGUAGAACAGUGUCAAAGCAUAAUUCAGAUGGCAAAGGCACAACUUGCACCAUCAACCCUGGCUUUACGCAAGGGAGAAACAGUGGAGACCACUAAGGAUGUUAGAACAAGCUCUGGCACGUUCAUAAGUGCAUCUGAAGACAAAACUGGGAUCUUGGGUCUGAUUGAGGAGAAAAUUGCGAAGGCCACCAUGAUUCCUAGGAGCCAUGGGGAGGCAUUCAACAUCCUGCGCUAUGAAAUUGGACAGAAGUAUGAUUCCCAUUACGAUGCUUUCAAUCCUGCAGAAUAUGGGCCACAGAAAAGUCAAAGGAUUGCAUCUUUCUUAUUAUAUUUAUCUGAUGUUGAAGAAGGAGGCGAAACCAUGUUCCCAUUUGAGAAUGGAUUGAACAUGGAUGCUAGCUAUGAUUAUCAGAAGUGUAUUGGCUUGAAAGUAAGGCCACGCAGAGGAGAUGGACUUCUGUUUUACUCCUUGUUACCAAAUGGUACAAUUGAUGCGACCUCAAUUCAUGGGAGCUGCCCUGUAAUUUCCGGGGAAAAGUGGGUAGCGACGAAGUGGAUUAGGGAUCAAGAACAGGCUGAUUAAAUCUCUGUACAUGCACGCUGAAUUAUUAGGCAAUUUUGUCGGUUUGGGACUAGACAUUUUUCUCUUUUUCUUUUUUUAUCUAAUUGGAUAGUGAUGAAAAACCUGCAACAGUGCAACUUUAUGCCAAAAUAUAAUUGUAUAUAUGUCCAUUGUGCUGGUAGAUAGAUUACUUAGCACAUGAAGCAUGAAUAUAGUUUAUUUGGUAUGUACAAUUCAAAUUCGAGCUCUGUUUUUAAUUUA